AUGAAAGAAGACUUAAUUAAUCACUUCACUAAUCUAAGCCGAAAAAGGGAGAAAGAAAUAUCUAAAGAAUGCUCACAGUCUCUGAAUAAAGCUUACAAAACGCUAAUAGUACCUUUGGAUCGGGCCAAAUAUAUGCUCACUUUAAAGGGAGAACGAAUCAGUGAUGGAGAUACCGUGAGUAACACUGAUUUUUUAAUGGAAAUGAUGGAAAUCAAUGAACAGAUAAUUACGACGGACAAUCCUAUAGAACUAACAAUUCUGUCAAAUGAAGUGGAAAAAAAAAUUUAUAUGCUCGAAAAUGAAUUCAAGAAUAAUAUUGAAAGUAAUAAAUUCGAACAAGCAAAACAAGAUGUCCUGAAAUUAACAUUCUACUGUCGUUUAAAAGUUAGUAUAUCGAAUAGGAUUCAGAGUGAGAAGUAA